CUGUUUUUUUUUCUUACGUUAUGUGCAUCUUAUUACGGCCCGGCGAUAUUCUGUAAUCAGAUGCUCAGUGAUAGUCCGUUUUUCGUGCGAUACGUAUAACGUCGUUACUCUAGCAGUUUUACUAUGUUUAAUAUGAAGAUAAAUUAUAAGACAGUAUUUAUAACACAAUAUAAGCACAGACUUAUAAUGAUGUCGGGACACGGAUUAAUAUAUUUGCAUAAGCAAAGCUCAAAUUGUGAUAAGCUAAUGAAUUUUAACGAUAUUCCCGGCCCCAAGAGUUACCCGAUUCUCGGAACAUUACACAAAUAUUGGCCGAUUGUAGGAGAAUAUAAUGCAGAGGCACUCGAUAAGAAUGCCUGGUUAAAUUGGCGUCGCUACGGAGGUCUGGUAAAGGAAGUUCCCGGUGUGAACUUACUCCAUGUUUACGAACCAGACGUGAUAGAAGCGGUAUUCCGACAAGACGAUCGACACCCAUCGAGACGGAGUCAUGUUGCAAUGCUGCAUUAUCGGCUGAGCAAGCCGAAUGUGUACAAUACUGGCGGUUUGCUUUCCACGAAUGGUCCCGAUUGGUGGCGCCUCCGUAGUACUUUCCAAAAGAAUUUCACAGGUCCACAAAAUGCUAAGCAGUACGUAGAGAGUGCGGAUAAGAUUGCACGUGAAUUUGUUGAUUGGAUAAAGAAAAGUGAGUUGUCACACGAAGAAGAUUUUCUAAAAUAUCUUAAUAGAUUGAAUCUUGAAGUGAUUGGGGUAGUGGCUAUGAAUGAAAGAUUUAAUAGUUUCUCGAUGAAAGAACAAGUGCCUGAGUCACGCAGCAGUCGUGUCAUCGCAUCCGCUUUCGGCUCCAACAGUGGUAUUAUGAAACUGGAUAAAGGAAUUCUUUGGAGGUUCUUUAAAACACCGUUGUAUAAAAGACUUGCUGAAUCUCAACAUUAUUUAGAAAAGAUAUCAAUGGAAAUUUUACUGAACAAAAUAAAUUUUUUUGACAAAGAAAAGAAAGGCGCUGGCAAUUCACUAUUAGAUUCAUUUCUGGAGCAACCCAACUUAGACAUAAAGGAUAUUACGGGCAUGAUGGUCGACAUACUUAUGGCAGCCAUUGAUACGACUGCUUACGCCACAAGUUUCGCACUGUAUCACCUUGCUCGCAAUCCAGAAUGUCAGAGUAAAUUGUAUGAUGAAGCUUCAAAAUUACUACAGCCAAAUGACUCUCUUACAUCUGACGUACUCUCAAAAGCUGUUUAUUUACGGAGCUGCGUUAAAGAGAGCCUACGACUCAAUCCUGUUUCGGUUGGCGUUGGACGCUUGUUGCAAAAAGACAUUGUAUUAAAAGGAUAUUUGAUUCCUCAGGGGACAGUGAUAGUGACACAGAAUAUGGUAGCGUCACGUUUGCCACAGUACGUUAAAGAGCCAUUGGUCUUCAAGCCGGAGCGUUGGAUCCGCGGCUCGUCUCAAUACGAGAACAUACAUCCAUUCCUCAGCCUGCCAUUCGGAUUUGGUCCACGAUCCUGCAUCGCCAGGAGAAUAGCUGAACAAAAUAUAUACAUUAUUCUGAUCCGGUUAGUGCAAGAAUUCGAAAUGAAAUGGAUGGGAGGAGAUCUAGGCAUUAGAACGUUGCUUAUCAAUAAACCAGAUAAGCCUAUAUCGUUAUCUUUUACACCGAGACGUAAAUAAGUAAUUUUAGAAAAAUGUUCAU